GAUUCAUACAGGCAGGAACAGACGGUCCAUUUGUGGGCGAGCGUGUUGAGGAAGGUUUGGUUUGUUCUCUGAGCUCGAGGCAGCAGUAAAGCGAUAAAAUGAUCACCAUCAUUGAAGAUCAGGACGGCUUUGACAAAGCUCUGGCUGAGGCAGGUGAUAAGCUUAUAGUGGUUGACUUUACAGCCACGUGGUGUGGGCCUUGUCAGAGCAUUGCACCUUUUUUCAAAGGUCUGUCUGAAAAUCCUUCCUAUGCUAAUGUGGUCUUCCUCAAAGUGGACGUGGAUGAUGCACAGGAUGUAGCCCAGUCUUGUGAGAUCAAAUGUAUGCCAACAUUCCACUUCUACAAGAACGGGAAGAAGCUGGACGAUUUCUCGGGGUCCAACCAGGCUAAACUGGAAGAGAUGGUGAACCAAUACAAAAACUAAGCCUGAUUUGACAUUCAUAAAUGUUUGCUGUGCAGCCCAAGCUCAAAUUUCACUCACAAUAACUGCUCACUUGUUUUGUAAUUCAUCAAGGGAGUUUCAUUUUCUAAUCGUUUUACGAUUUUAGCAGAAUCUGCCCUUACAAAAUCGGUCAACCAUUUCCAUAAUAAAUGAUUACCUCUGUAUGUCUGUGUUCACACGUAACUCUUAUUAAAUGUCUUUUUUUUUUCAAAAUCAAUAAACGCAAUUAUUAAAUAAAUAAAAAUCUUAUGGACAA